AUGGAUCCGGAUUAUAAUGCAAAGUUUGCUAUUCAUGAGGCUGCUCACUUGGUAGUUGAGUCCCUACUCAACGCCAACCCCAAACUCGCGUUCUUGAAAGAUGGUGAUGAGAGGCUGCCUAUCCACUGGGCUGUUGCAUAUAACCGGCCACCAAUAAUCGAACUUCUCGUAUCGGUGAAAGGUUUUGAUCCGGAUGCUACGGAUGCAUCGGGAUGGACACCUCUUAUGAUUGCUGCCAGUUUAAAGGAUGGAGAAGGAGACUCUAUAAUCGAACUAUUGCUUCGUAAAGAGGCGGAUGUCAACAUAAAGAGUGCGAGCGGUCAGAAUGCCAUCCAUUUUGCUACCUCGAAGAACAAUAUAUCCACCGUUCGCCUCUUGCUCGCAAAUAAAUGCAGCGCGAGAGUGAAGGAUAAAAGAAGUCAACUACCACUUCAUCGCGCUGCGGCAAUCGGGUCUGUCCCGCUGGUCAAACUUCUUAUAGAGGAAGGGAAAAGCCCGCUGAAUGCCUCGGAUGUCGAUGGCUUGACUGCUCUCCAUCAUGCAAUUUCCGAGGGCCAUGGCGAGGCGGCCUUGACUCUCCUUAGAGCCGGAGCUGAAACCGAUAAACGCGAUGCAAACGGCCAACUCGCUAUUGAACUUUCUCCUGAUAGUAAAGUUCGAAAAUACAUUCUUGAAACGGCGGAACGAGAGGGCAUUGAGCUGGCAUAA